AUGUCUGUCCCGUACAAGACCCGGUUCUUCAAACGCCAGUACUCCGAAGCCGCUACCUCGCCUUCAGAGAAACCCGAUGGUUUUAGCUCGCCGGGAGCUGUAGGGGAUGAUGGCGGUGUGCGCCUCAGGGAUUCCGGGGACGAAAAGGAGGGGGGGGAGGGGGAGGAGCAAGAGGUGGAGAGGGCCCCAACCAGGAAGAAGAGAAAGAUCUCUUGUGCGGAAGCUUUGCGCGCGCUCAGGACGAUCGAGGUUUACUUUACCCAGGAGGGCCUCGACCCGCAGGAGGAGUUCUUUCCGGACUUCUUGCAGAUGCGCGGUGGUAUUGUUAGGGCGGGAGCGGAGCAGGCGGGCAGCGUGGGCAAGGAAGGGAAAGUGGAGGUGGAAGAAGAGGAAGAGAGCGAUCCCCCGAGCGAAGUUUCCUCCUCCCCUUCCUUUGGGAGUGCGUAUUCGGGGGAUGAAGACGGUGAGGGUGAGGAUUAG